AUGGCCAUUUCACAAUUUCUCGUCCUCUCUCUAGCCGUGCUAGCUCAGGCACGGCCAAAGCAUGCCUUUGAGCCAGAAGACGUCGGCAACACAAUCACUCUACCGGUCCCUCCGGCUUCACAUUUAACAGCCCGAGGAGCAGAUAUUAAGGCCAAGGAGGAGGACAAGCCAUUUCACAUCCUGCCGUUCCCUUACCCAAGCAAACGAGACGUCGAAAGUCAUGAAGAGGAGGACAAGCCAUGGCAUAUCCUGCCGUACCCGAAUCCCAGCAAGCGUAAGAUUCUCGAGGACGACGACGGUGCGGAUGGCAGAAUCACUCUCCCCGUACCUCAGCGGAGAAGCGAGGAUGACGAAGACAAGCCUUUCCACAUUCUCCCCUUGCGCAAGCUGCCGGUCGAGGAGAUUCCUUCGGGGACCAUUACAUUGCCCAUUAUCCACGCCCACCGCGGCGCCUUGGACAAGCGAGCCGUAGAAGUCCAGGUCGAGAACCGUUCCGAUGUCUCGUACUAUGCUCAGCUCAACAUUGGAACUCCUCCCCAAACCGUCUACGCCCAAAUCGACACCGGCUCCUUCGAGCUCUGGGUCAACCCGGACUGCUCCAACGUCCAAACCUCCGACCAGCGCUUCUGCCGCGCCAUCGGCUUCUACGACCCCAAAUCCUCGUCCACCUCCUUCAUCACCGGCAGCGCCGCCCAGCUGCGCUACGGCAUCGGCAGCGCAAACGUCUCGUACGUCCAGGACAGCAUCGCCCUCCCAGGCUCCGCUACCAUGAAGGACGUCCAGUUUGGUGUUGCUGACGCCAGCGUCGACGAGUUCUCGGGCAUCCUCGGCAUCGGCGCCGGCGAAGGGGUCAACACGCUCUAUCCGAACUUUGUUGACGAGCUGGCCAAGCAGGGUGUUACCAAGACAAAGGCGUUUAGCUUGGCACUGGGUAGCAAGACGGAGGAGGAAGGCGUCAUUAUCUUUGGUGGUGUUGAUACGGGGAAAUUCAGCGGCAAGCUGGCUCAUCUGCCGAUUGUGCCAGCGGACGAUUCUCCUGAUGGCGUUGCUCGCUACUGGGUCGACAUGAACUCGAUCUCGCUAUCUCCACCGACCGGAAAAUCGACGACUUUUGCCAACACCAAGAUGACCGUCUUCCUCGACAGCGGCUCUACCCUAACUCUGUUGCCGCAAUCGCUGGUGAAUGAGAUUGCGGACAGUCUUGGAUCGACGGGCACUGACGACAGCGGGUUUGCCAUUGUUGAUUGCGGUCUUAUCAACGAGCCUGGAACCAUUGAUUUCGAAUUCGAUGGGGUCACGAUCAAGGUUCCGUACAGCGAGAUGAUUCGGUCGGUGUCUUCGCUGCCGCCGCAUUGUUAUCUGGGGAUGAUGGGGAGCACGCAGUUUGCGCUGCUUGGCGAUACCUUUUUGCGGUCUGCAUACGCCGUGUUCGACCUCACAGGCAGCAUGGUCCACCUCGCCCCCUACGUCAACUGUGGCACCAGCGUCAAGACCAUCACAUCCACCUCUUCCCUCCAAGACCUCGAGGGCACAUGCAACACCAACGGAAGCGAAGAACCUUCUUCUCCCUCUCAAUCAUCAUCCUCGUCAUCCCCUUCCAAGACCGCUUCCAAGGCAGCUUCCUCUACAACCGCUCCCGCUUCAUCUACCGUCCAGCCCCCUUCUUCCACGACGGCAUCGCCUUCUAGUGCGCGCUCGACGGAGGCUGCUUCGACUACGGCUGCCAACACCGCGAAGAGCAGUGCUACGAAUGGUGCCGAUGCGGAGAGUGCGCAGAGCGGCGAUAAGAACGGUGCUGGCAAGAUGGUUGUGCACGGCUUCGCCAUCAGCAUAGUGUUUGCAGCGAUGGGCGUGUUGUUAAUUUAG